CCGCCGCAUUGCAUUGUGGGUCAGACAACCUAAUCGCCCUUUGCAGCCUGAAAUUUCGUGUCUAGUGCUGGGAAUAAAAUACAAGAAAAAUGUCUCUUCUUUCAGUUCGUCUGGCUGCUUCAGUGGCAAGGCGUUUGCCGAAUAAUGUCACACAGGUCGCAGGGGUGGCUUUCCCAGCCUCUCGAAAACUCCACGUCACCCCAAAUAAUCGCGGCGUUGAGCUUUCAUCCAUUUUAGAAGAACGCAUCCUUGGGUCUGCCCCAAAAGCCGAUCUUGACGAAACUGGACGUGUGUUGAGUAUUGGUGAUGGUAUCGCUCGUGUCUACGGCCUCAAAAAUAUCCAAGCCGAUGAGAUGGUGGAAUUCUCAUCAGGUCUUAAGGGUAUGGCUCUUAACUUGGAACCUGACAACGUUGGUGUCGUAGUCUUUGGUAACGACAAACUCAUCAAAGAAGGCGAUAUUGUCAAACGAACGGGGGCUAUCGUCGAUGUUCCAGUGGGCGAUGAACUUCUGGGACGUGUAGUAGACGCUUUGGGUAAUGCAAUCGAUGGCAAGGGACCUAUCAACACCAAACAACGCUUCCGUGUUGGCAUCAAAGCACCAGGAAUUAUUCCUAGAACUUCAGUCAGGGAGCCAAUGCAAACUGGUAUUAAAGCUGUAGAUUCUCUCGUUCCUAUUGGUCGUGGUCAACGUGAAUUGAUCAUUGGUGAUCGUCAAACCGGUAAAACUGCACUCGCUAUCGACACGAUCAUCAAUCAAAAACGUUUUAAUGACGCCGACGAUGAGAAGAAAAAGUUGUACUGCAUCUAUGUCGCUAUUGGUCAAAAAAGAUCAACAGUUGCUCAAAUUUUGAAGCGAUUGACUGAUACUGGAGCCAUCAAUUAUACAAUUAUUGUCUCAGCUACAGCGUCCGAUGCUGCACCUUUGCAAUACUUGGCACCUUAUUCAGGCUGUGCCAUGGGUGAAUAUUUCCGUGACAAUGGCAAACAUGCCCUCAUUAUCUACGACGAUUUGUCCAAACAAGCCGUAGCUUAUCGUCAAAUGUCGCUGUUGUUGCGUCGUCCUCCAGGUCGUGAGGCCUACCCCGGCGACGUCUUCUAUCUCCACUCCCGUCUAUUGGAGCGUGCCGCAAAAAUGUCUGAUGCCCAUGGUGGCGGCUCUUUGACCGCUUUGCCCGUCAUUGAAACACAAGCCGGUGACGUGUCUGCUUACAUUCCCACCAAUGUGAUUUCCAUCACCGAUGGUCAGAUCUUCUUGGAGACGGAAUUGUUCUACAAGGGCAUCCGUCCUGCGAUCAAUGUCGGUUUGUCUGUAUCUCGUGUCGGAUCGGCGGCUCAAACCAAAGCCAUGAAACAAGUCGCCGGUUCAAUGAAACUGGAAUUGGCCCAAUACCGAGAAGUGGCUGCGUUUGCACAGUUUGGCUCCGAUUUAGAUGCCGCCACUCAACAACUAUUAAAUAGAGGCGUGAGGUUGACGGAAUUGUUGAAGCAAAGACAGUAUGUGCCAAUGGCUAUUGAAGAACAAGUUGCUGUUAUUUAUUGCGGCGUUAGAGGACAUCUUGAUAAAUUGGAUCCUGCGAAAAUUACCGUUUUCGAAAAGGAGUUCUCACAACAUGUUAAAACAAAUCAUCAAGCUAUUCUUCAAAGUAUCGCUAAAGAAGGCAAAAUUACAGACGAAACUGAUGCCCAAUUGAAGAAGAUUGUUGUUGAUUUCAUUUCAACCUUCUCUGGUUAAACAUCAUGUAAUUAAGUCAUUAUUUAUUUCUAGUUGAUACAUCUAUAAAUUGUCAACUAAAAAUAAACCGUUGAGCCGUCUUAGAUUAGGUCCGCCAUAGUUUUAACACUCCUGUGAAUUGUAUAAGUAAAAAAUUGCAAUUAAGUAUCUUGAUGGUUAACGGCAUUUUGUUUUUAAUAUCAUUUGUCACAAUAAACGUUAAACUGUG